UAACUGUUUAGUUGAAUUUCUAUUAAUCUGAGAUCAUUUUAAUCACUGUAAUUAAAUCCACUAGAAGUAAAUUGAGCUGUUGGUUAUCGUGAACCACAAAGUUGUAGAGAAAGAGAGAGAGAGAGAGAUAGAAAGAGAAUUUUUAAUAUUCUUUUUAUUUUUUUCUUUAAUUCUUUUCUCUUUUGUGUUUCCCCUUUUUUUGUCUACGGAAAAGAAGCCAAUUGAUUAUGUCUAUUCGGUAAAAAAGCUACAUCAUUGAUUCUUUGUUUUAAUUUUACUUUUUUAUUCUUAAUUAUUUCUUUUCAUCUCUAUUUGUCUUUUAAUUGGUGUAAAUUUAUUCUUCCAUCUUGAUUAGUGUUUUUUCAUCACUUUUCGCGUGUUUUGUCCAACGAUUCUCAUCUUCAUCUCUUGUGUUUCUCUGACCAUUUUUUUAUUCUAUUUUUCUCAUUUUUUGUUUGUUCUCCUCUGAUUAACAAUGAAUAACUUCCCUAACCAAGGUUUUUCUAAUCAAUCCGGAUCACAAUUUGGUGCUGUCGUUGCUAAAGUUUACAGUAAUUAUGGUGAUAAUGGUGAUUCUGGUGAGAGUCUGACUCAUUUUAAUCAUCUUGCCUCUUCAAUCAGGGAGGAAGGUGUUGCUAGUUAUCAUCAACUGGACAAUUCUAACACUAGUAACCAUCUUUGUGAUAAUUGUGCUGUCUACUCUGAGCAGAUUGAAUGUCUUUGUCAAGAAAAUGAGCUGCUCCAUCAGUUGGUUGACAAUCUCCGUAAGAGAGCAAAGGAUUCGCAAGCUCAUAGUAGCCUCCAAAUGGUUCGGAAAUAUGAGUCUAGUAAAGAAUCCAACCAUUUAUUUGUAAAUAACGAAAUUGCUGUUAAAUCAUCGGUUGUUCAAACAUUUAAACCUUUUGGAGCGGUAAAGGAUGAAGACAAGGUUACCAUUAACAGAUUGAAAGCAGAGAUGGAUUUUUAUAAGGCUUUGAAUACGAAUACUGAUUCUUGUUGGCGCAAGAAAUUGGACGAUUUACAAUCAGAGAAAGACAGUGUUAUUAAAGAAUUACAAAAAUUCAUAGCUGAUAAUUCUGAAAAUAUUAAUCGAUUAACGAAAGAACUGGAAACAGUCAAACAUUCUAAACAAGAAUCUAUCAAUCAAUUGACCAGUAAAGUUUUCUCUGUUCAAUCAGCCAAUCAAAAGACGAUUGCUUCCUUAACUACAGAAUUGGAAAAGACCAAGGCUGAAAAGGCCGAAGCCAAGGAAAGGAUUUUCAAAAUGGUACAUGAAUUGGCCACGAGCGAGACUAAGGCUCAAGAAGCUCUAGCUAGAGUUAGAGAACUAACCAAAAUCUUGAAAGAAAAUCAGGAGACAAUCAACGAGCUGAAUCAUAAACUGGAUAACUUGGCCGGAAAGGAAAGUCAGAACGAUUUAGACAAAUUGACCAAAGACUUGGCCGAAACGAAGGAACAAUAUCAUCUCCAAAUGAACAAGCUAUCAAGAGAUAUUGAAGCAAUUCAGUUUUCUAAAAGGGAGAGUCAAAAUAGAAAUUGGAGAAAGUGAUUAAUCUUGACCAAUUCACACAAUCGUACUAAUUGAAGCUCAUGGUACUUAUUUUGGACGUAGAAAUAUCUUCUCAAUCAUUUAUCCAACCCAAAAUUACACAACUUUUAAUGUCAUUUAUAAAAAGAUGAUCAGAAUAACGAAAACUGUUUCAAUUGUCACCAAACUUUCUUACCCUAUCAAUGUGAUCUUCACCUCUUAGAUAUUAUCCCAAUGUUUUUUAAAGUACAAAGUUAAGAUUCAACUUCAGACUUGAAACUUAAUUAUCGUUCCCAAACCCUUGAUUUUUUCGUUUUGUCGCAAAACAGAGACGCCUUUCUUUAGAACUUUGAAAAUUAUCUUGAGAAACUAUUAAAAUAAACUUUUAAGAAUUCAUCUUUUA